AUGUUCACCAACGGAAAUCAGAUACCUGCGGCAAACUGCGUGUUCCAACCGACGCCGAUGUUCGCGAACGGAAAUCACAUACCAGCUGCAAACGGCGUGUUCCAACCGGCGCCGAUUUUCGCCAACGGAAAUCAGAUACCAGCGGUGAACGGCGUGUUCCAACCGGCGCCGAUGUUCGCCAACGGAAAUCAAAUACCAGCGGCAUACGACGUGUUCCAACCGGCGCCGAUGUUCGCCAACGGAAAUCAGAUACCAGCUACAAACGGCGUGUUCCAACCGGCGCCGAUGUUCGCCAACGAAAAUCAGAUACCGGUUGCAAACGGCGUGUUCCAACCGGCGCCGAUGCUCGCCAACGGAAAUGGAGUUUUUCAGCCCGGACUUCUACAACCAAAUGUGGAUAAGUCUUCAUCGAAUCAAAAUGUGGCGAAUCAGUUACCGACGGAAAAUGGCCAUCAGUUACUGGCGGCAAAUGGCUUGGUCGGCAACGGAAAUCAGAUACCUGCUGCAAAAGGCGUAUUCCAACCGGCGCCAAUGUUCGCGAACGGAAAUCGGAUACCCGCUGCAAACGGCAUGUUCCAACCGGCGCCGAUGUUCGUGAACGGAAAUCAGAUACCAGCGACAAACGGCGUGUUCCAACCGGCGCCGAUGUUCGCGAACGGAAAUAAGAUACCAGCUGCAAACGGCGUGUUCCAACCGGCGCCGAUGUUCCCCAACGAAAAUCAGACACCAGCGGCAAACGACGUGUUCCAACCGGCGCAGAUGUUCGCCAACGGAAAUCAGAUACCAGCGGCGAACGGCGUGUUCCAACCGGCGCCGAUGUUCGCUAACGGAAAUCACAUACCAGCUGCAAAUGACGUGUUCCAACUGGCGCCGAUGUUUGCCAACGGAAAUCAGAUACCAGCGGCAAACGGCGUGUUCCAACCGGCGCCGAUGUUCGCCAGUGGAAAUCAGAUACCAGCGGCAAACGGCGUGUUCCAACCGGCGCCGAUGUUCGCCAAUGGAAAUCAGAUACCAGCUACAAACGGCGUGUUCCAACCGGCGCCGAUGUUCGCCAACGGAAAUCAGAUACCGGUUGCAAACGGCGUGUUCCAACCGGCGCCGAUGCUCGCCAACGGAAAUGGAGUUUUUCAGCCCGGACUUCUACAACCAAAUGUGGAUACGUCUUUAUCGAAUCAAAAUAUGGCGAAUCAGUUACCGGCGGCAAAUGGCUUGGUCGGCAACGGAAAUCAGAUACCAGCUGCAAAUGGCGUAUUCCAACCGGCGCCAACGUUCGCGAACGGAAAUCAGAUACCAGUUGCAAACGGCGUGUUCCAACCGGCGCCGAUGUUCGCGAACGGAAAUCAGAUACUAGCUGCAAACGGCGUGUUCCAACCGGCGCCGAUGUUCGCCAACGAAAAUCAGAUACCAGCGGCAAACGGCGUGUUCCAACCGGCGCCGAUGUUCGCCAACGGAAAUCAGAUACCAGCUACAAACGGCGUGUUCCAACCGGCGCCGAUGUUCGCCAACGAAAAUCAGAUACCGGUUGCAAACGGCGUGUUCCAACCGGCGCCGAUGCUCGCCAACGGAAAUGGAGUUUUUCAGCCCGGACUUCUACAACCAAAUGUGGAUAAGUCUUCAUCGAAUCAAAAUGUGGCGAAUCAGUUACCGACGGAAAAUGGCCAUCAGUUACUGGCGGCAAAUGGCUUGGUCGGCAACGGAAAUCAGAUACCUGCUGCAAAAGGCGUAUUCCAACCGGCGCCAAUGUUCGCGAACGGAAAUCGGAUACCCGCUGCAAACGGCAUGUUCCAACCGGCGCCGAUGUUCGUGAACGGAAAUCAGAUACCAGCGACAAACGGCGUGUUCCAACCGGCGCCGAUGUUCGCGAACGGAAAUAAGAUACCAGCUGCAAACGGCGUGUUCCAACCGGCGCCGAUGUUCCCCAACGAAAAUCAGACACCAGCGGCAAACGACGUGUUCCAACCGGCGCAGAUGUUCGCCAACGGAAAUCAGAUACCAGCGGCGAACGGCGUGUUCCAACCGGCGCCGAUGUUCGCUAACGGAAAUCACAUACCAGCUGCAAAUGACGUGUUCCAACUGGCGCCGAUGUUUGCCAACGGAAAUCAGAUACCAGCGGCAAACGGCGUGUUCCAACCGGCGCCGAUGUUCGCCAGUGGAAAUCAGAUACCAGCGGCAAACGGCGUGUUCCAACCGGCGCCGAUGUUCGCCAAUGGAAAUCAGAUACCAGCUACAAACGGCGUGUUCCAACCGGCGCCGAUGUUCGCCAACGGAAAUCAGAUACCGGUUGCAAACGGCGUGUUCCAACCGGCGCCGAUGCUCGCCAACGGAAAUGGAGUUUUUCAGCCCGGACUUCUACAACCAAAUGUGGAUACGUCUUCAUCGAAUCAAAAUACGGCGAAUAAGUUAGCGGCGGCAAAUGGCUUGGUCGGCAACGGAAAUCAGAUACCAGCUGCAAAUGGCGUAUUCCAACCGGCGCCAACGUUCGCGAACGGAAAUCAGAUACCAGUUGCAAACGGCGUGUUCCAACCGGUGCCGAUGUUUGCGAAUGGAAAUCAGAUACUAGCUGCAAACGGCGUGUUCCAACCGGCGCCGAUGUUCGCCAACGAAAAUCAGAUACCAGCGGCAAACGGCGUGUUCCAACCGGUGCCGAUGUUCGCCAACGGAAAUGUUGUUGUCUUGUUGAUAUAUAGGAUACGUUUUCAUCGAAUCAAAAUAUGGCGAAUCAGUUACCGGCGGCAAAUGGCUUGGUCGGCAACGGAAAUCAGAUACCAGCUGCAAAUGGCGUGUUCCAACCGUCGCCGAUGUUCGGCAACGGAAAUGGAGUUUUUCAGCCCGCACUUCUGCAACCAAAUGUGGUUAUUUAAAAUGAUUCGAGUAACCGCCAUAACAGAAUUGUUCUAUUAUACUCCAUAUAAACGGUACUCCACAGUAUUGUUUCAAAAUUUCAACACACAGGAUACGUCUUUAUCGAAUCAAAAUAUGGCGAAUCAGUUACCGGCGGCAAAUGGCUUGGUCGGCAACGGAAAUCAGAUACCAGCUGCAAAUGGCGUAUUCCAACCGGCGCCAACGUUCGCGAACGGAAAUCAGAUACCAGUUGCAAACGGCGUGUUCCAACCGGCGCCGAUGUUCGCGAACGGAAAUCAGAUACUAGCUGCAAACGGCGUGUUCCAACCGGCGCCGAUGUUCGCCAACGAAAAUCAGAUACCAGCGGCAAACGGCGUGUUCCAACCGGCGCCGAUGUUCGCCAACGGAAAUGUUGUUGUCUUGUUGAUAUAUAGGUUAUUUAAAAUGAUUCGAGUAACCGCCAUAACAGAAUUGUUCUGUUAUACUCCAUAUAAAGGGUACUCCACAGUAUUGUUUCAAAAUUUCAACACACAGGAUACGUCUUCAUCGAAUCAAAAUAUGGCGAAUCAGUUACCGGCGGCAAAUGGCUUGGUCGGCAACGGAAAUCAGAUACCAACUGCAAAUGGCGUGUUCCAACCGUCGCCGAUGUUCGGCAACGGAAAUGGAGUUUUUCAGCCCGCACUUCUGCAACCAAAUGUGGAUACGUCUUUAUCGAAUCAAAAUAUGGCGAAUCAGUUACCGGCGGCAAAUGGCUUGGUCGGCAACGGAAAUCAGAUACCAGCUGCAAAUGGCGUAUUCCAACCGGCGCCGAUGUUCGCGAACGGAAAUCAGAUACCAGCUGCAAACGGCAUGUUCCAACCGGCGCCGAUUUUCGCCAAUGAAAAUCAGAUACCAGCGGCAAACGGCGAGUUCCAACCGGCGCCGAUGUUCGCCAACGGAAAUGUUGUAGUCUUGUUGAUAUAUAGGUUAUUUAAAAUGAUUCUAGUAACCGCCAUAACAGAAUUCAUCUGUUAUACUCCAUAUAAACGGUACUCCACAAUAUUGUUUCAAAAUUUCAACACACAGGAUACGUCUUCAUCGAAUCAAAAUAUGGCGAAUCAGUUACCGGCGGCAAAUGGCUUGGUCGGCAACGGAAAUCAGAUACCAGCUUCAAAUGGCGUGUUCCAACCGUCGCCGAUGUUCGCCAACGGAAAUGGAGUUUUUCAGCCCGGACUUCUGCAACCAAAUGUGGAUACGUCUUCAUCGAAUCAAAAUAUGGCGAAUUAGUUACCGGUGGAAAAUGGCAAUCAGUUACCGGCGGAAAAUGGCUUGGUCGGCAACGGAAAUCAGAUACCAGCUGCAAAUGGCGUAUUCCAAACGGAGCCAACGUUCGCGAACGGAAAUCAGAUACCAGUUGCAAACGGC